GACUUGUCGCUACUCAACUACUGAGAUUACUUACACAUUUUUUACAAUAAUUCCUUGACUUUUGAAAAAUUUUCUUCUUCUUAAAUAAUUAAAUAAUAAGAUUUUCAAGAACUUGACCUCAUUUUGUCAAAAUCAAAAAUCAUGGUUGACCUUCCCAAAAUCGUUGAGGAUGCGAACCUCUACAGGGAGAGAGUUCUCCUCCCGUAUUCCUAUCUUGUCUCCAAUCCGGGCAAAAGUAUUAGGUCGGGGAUGUUUAAGGUUUUAAAUAAUUGGUUUAACGCGACCAAUGAGGAUUGUAAUACAAUUUGUGAAAUACUGGAUCUCCUCCAUAAUGCGACUUUGAUGAUUGACGAUAUUGAGGACGGGAGUGAUUUGCGGAGAGGAAAGGAAGCGGCUCAUAUUGUUUACGGUGUCCCAUUAACCAUAAAUGCUGCACAUUUCAUGUAUUUCGAAGUCAUUGAUAAGCUACUGGAGUUUUGUGAUGAUCAUGAUGUUAUCAGCAAAUUUUUGGAAGAAAUGAAAAAUCUUCAUGUCGGCCAAGGUGCUGAGCUUUAUUGGAGAGAUUGCGCCGAAAUGGAUGAAAUCCCGACGGAGAGAGAUUUUCACGAAAUUAUUGCGAAAAAAACCACCAGCCUUGCCCUGAUGGCAAUCGCACUCCUCAGCUACAAGGGGAAAAACAAGACCAUCGACGUAACUAAAUUUGUCACUUUGAUGGGAACCAAUGGGCAAAUACUGGACGAUUUAAGGAAUCUGACCUGUCCCGAACUUCAUAAGACCAAAGGGUUCUGCGAAGACAUUACCGAGGGGAAGCUAAGUUUCCCGGUCAUCCACUUCCUGAACAACAAAGACAUUCCAGACCACGCGGAAAAGGCGAAAAGAUUGGUGGCCAUUUUGAAAAUGAAGACGAAUGACGUUACAUUGAAGAACGAAGUGCUGGCUAUGCUUCAAGAAUCUGGAUCGCUCGAUUACACUCGCAGGCACUUGAAACAGCUACAAUUUGAGAUUAUGGUGGAAGCUGGUGGUUUGGGACCGAAUCCUGAUUUAGAGAAAUUGAUGAGAUCUGUGAAAACCAAUAUACCUGAUAAACUUGCUAUGGCGUAACUCUAAUUAACUAAUCUUUAAAUGGUAUUAACUACUUGGUAUAUAAAAUUUUGGUUUGGGUAAACAUAAAAAACACGUAAAGUUUCUAUUUCAAUUUUUAAACAUUUCUUCUAUAUAAUUUUUACGAGGUAAAUUGUACUCGUUUCACAUUUAUCAAUUAUUAAUUGUAGUUGUUCAGCAUUACCUUUGUCAUUCAAUAUGUAAAUAAAUAUUUACUUGUCUAUGCAAUGUG